AUGGCGGGCGCAGAGCCACUGGGCGCCAACCUCGCGCGUAUUUUCGUAUACUCCAUGAGGUUUAACUGGCAAUGCGAAAAGGGGGGAAGGGGGUCAGACGAGAACCACCACUCACCUGUAAGUCGAGCCCAGCGCCCUACCCCAUCACUACCGGACAUGCUGGAUAAGGUCCCAAAGGCGGACAAUGUACUUGAUACAGUCGAAGGGCAUUGCCAAAUCAAGUUUCAACAUUCAACAAGACUCUGA